UUGUUUUACAUACAAAUAACCAAGGUGUUCACACGGCGCGCUGCGUCGUCGCAACGCACACAUGACGGACAGCAGCCCCCGAGACGAAGCGGGAGGGGGUGUACUCGUGCGACGUCGGAGCGUCAGCGCUCAGUUGCUUGUGCGUUGACAGAGAGGAUACACGGAAGCUCAUUUCGUUUUACGUUUACGUUUUUGUAUUUAGUUUUAUUUGCAGGGUAAUUAGUUUUAUUUGCAGGGUAAAAUGAAUACCAUUGAAGAAAUUGACAUAGAUUACUUGAUUACAUUGAUACAGGAAAGGGAAAUUAUAUGGGACAAGUCAAACGUAGAUUUUAAAAAUAAAAAUUUAAAAACAAAAGCCUGGGAAGACAUAUCAAAAGUUUUAUUUCCUGAUUACGAGAAUUUCACAGCUGAACGAAAAAAUAAAGUUGGUAAUGAUUUAAUAAAAAAAUGGAGAAGUGUAAAAGAUAAUUACUUCAGAUAUUCAAAAAAAUUAAAAGAAACAUCAAAAUCGGGCUCGGGCGCUACGAAACUGAAGAAGUAUCAUUUAUACAAUCAACUCCUUUUUUUGAGAAAAGUGGAACAAAAUGCCACCGAAUCUAGCUUAGACUCGCCUAGAGAAAUCAACAAUGAAUCUACGUCUACAAAUGAUGACAUUACCACAGACAACACUCCGCGCUAUGUUCCAGUCGCGCGCAAAAGGGCAAUGCAAAUGGAUGAGUUUGAAAGAGAAGGACUAAAACUUCUCAAGGAGCCGGAAAAUCGCCAUAUGUCCUUUUUCAGAGCUAUAUUGCCAUCUAUUCAAGAAUUUUCCGACCGAGAAACUCUCCGUUUCCAAAGUAAAGUUAUACAAAUUAUAGAUGAAAUGCGGUAUGGACAAACAUCAUCAUAUGUGAGUGGCCCAUCAACGUCUCACCAACCACCAUAUGGGUAUCAAACAGCAAAUUUUCAAAGUACAUACAUUUCUGAUUUUAAUAAUUCAAUUACAUCUCCAGAAACAUCUCAAGCAAGUGAAGAAACUGAAUACGAUUUUUCUAAUUUGUAAUUACUGGAUGAUAUCUCUCUUAAAUAAUGUCUAAAUUUAAAAUUAUGACAAUUGCUGAUUAUUUGUGAGUUGAUUACUAAUUAAACAAACCAAAAAAACUGUUAUAUUUUUAUUACUUAAAUAUAUUUAUAUAGUUACCUUAAAG